AUGUGUGGGAUAUUUGCGUAUCUGAAUUUCAAUCUCCAGAAGGAGAGGAGUUACAUACUCCAAGUACUAUUCAAUGGACUUCGGCGGCUGGAGUACAGAGGCUACGAUUCUGCAGGCAUCUCCAUCGACAACUCCUCCUCCUCUCGCCCACUCGUCUUCCGCCAGGAGGGCAACAUCGAGUCCCUCGUCAAAUGUGUCUACCAAGAGGUUGCCAGCACAGACCUUAACUUGGAAGAAUCAUUUGUUGUCCAUGCUGGAAUAGCUCAUACACGGUGGGCAACCCAUGGAGUGCCAGCUCCAAGGAAUAGUCAUCCCCAGGCAUCGGAUUCUGGAAAUGAGUUUUUGGUUGUCCACAAUGGAGUGAUAACAAAUUAUGAGGUGUUAAAAGAGACAUUAGUUCGACAUGGAUUUACUUUCGAGUCCGAGACUGACACUGAAGUUAUACCAAAGCUUGCCAAGUUUGUUUUUGACAAAGCAAAUGAAGAAGAAGGGACCCAGACAGUUACAUUUAGUCAGGUCGUUCUUGAAGUUAUGAGGCACCUCGAAGGAGCUUAUGCCCUCAUUUUUAAGAGCAGACACUAUCCAAAUGAGUUGAUUGCAUGCAAACGUGGAAGUCCAUUGUUGCUGGGUGUGAAGGAAUUAGCUGAAGACAACAAUAGUGGGCCAGCAUUUCAGGAUGCAAAAUUCCUUUCAAAGGAUGGGCGCCCAAAAGAAUUUUUCUUGUCCAGUGAUCCCAAUGCUAUUGUUGAGCACACCAAAAAGGUCUUGGUGAUUGAGGAUGGUGAAGUAGUCCACUUAAAGGAUGGAAAUGUGUCAAUCCUAAAGUUUCCUAAUGAUAAGGGGAGACAUGGCGGCACCAUCGCCAGACCAGCCUCGGUACAACGAGCAUUGUCUGUUCUUGAAAUGGAAGUUGAACAGAUAAAUAAAGGAGGGUAUGAACAUUACAUGCAGAAAGAAAUUCACGAACAGCCAGAAUCUCUGACAACUACCAUGAGGGGAAGGCUCAUACAAGGAGGUUCCUGUAAAGCAAAGACUGUUCUUUUGGGUGGACUUAAGGAUCAUAUGAAAACAAUUCGAAGAAGCAGGCGCAUUGUUUUUGUCGGAUGUGGUACAAGUUAUAAUGCUGCUCUAGCUUCUAGACCAAUCCUGGAGGAACUCUCUGGUGUGCCUGUUACCAUGGAAAUUGCGAGUGAUCUGGUGGACCGACAGGGACCAAUAUACAGAGAGGACACUGCAGUGUUUGUGAGUCAAUCUGGUGAAACCGCAGAUACAUUGCUUGCACUGGAGUAUGCUCUUGAAAAUGGUGCAUUAUGUGUCGGCAUAACAAACACAGUUGGCAGUGCAAUUGCAAGAAAAACUCAUUGUGGUGUUCACAUAAAUGCUGGUGCUGAAAUUGGUGUAGCAAGUACAAAGGCUUACACAAGCCAGAUAGUCGUGAUGGCUAUACUUGCGCUAGCUGUUGGUGGCGAUACGAUUUCAAAUCAAGCAAGAAGAGAGGCUAUAGUUGAUGGUUUAUAUGACUUGCCCAGCAAAGUUAGAGAGGUGCUAAAGCUUGACAAUGAGAUGAAGGAUCUUGCAAAGCAAUUAGUAGCAGAGCAAUCGCUGUUAGUAUUUGGAAGAGGAUACAACUAUGCAACGGCACUGGAGGGGGCAUUAAAAGUGAAGGAAGUAUCACUUAUGCAUAGUGAAGGGAUGCUGGCCGGUGAGAUGAAACAUGGUCCCCUGGCUUUAGUUGAUGAAAAUCUUCCAAUUAUAGUCAUUGCUACUCAUGAUGCCUGCUUCAGCAAGCAGCAGUCUGUUAUUCAACAACUUCAUGCCCGUAGAGGGCGCCUGAUAGUGCUGUGUUCUAAAGGGGAUGCCGCAUCAGUAUGCCCAGGGGACUCUUGUAGAGUGAUUGAAGUCCCCCAAGUUGAGGAUUGUCUUCAACCUGUAGUCAAUAUUGUUCCAUUGCAGUUGUUGGCAUAUCAUCUCACUGUUUUGAGGGGUCACAAUGUUGACCAGCCUCGUAAUCUGGCAAAGAGUGUGACGACACAGUAA